AUGUCGAGCGAGGGAAAGCGCAAAUUUGCGGAAUGGCACCACCCUGCCAGCAGCGCUGCGACGGUCAGGCUGGAUCAUUGUGUUGACCUCUCGGCGCACGCCGGUGCGGCGCGGGGGACGGCCCCAGGCGUCGCCCCGUUCUACUUGCUGGAGAACCGGAGCUUUCUUGCCGACCGCAUGCGCCUCCCGUCAUUGGCGGUGACGUCGUUUGUGAGUUUUGUCUUCGGGGUCGCCUGGACGCUGAGCCAGCUCUCGCGUCGAGCGGCGGGCGGGGCGAGGCCGGUCUCGCUCCUUCGACUGCUUCUGGGGGCAGUGCUACUCGUCGCGUACAUGCGCUUCCUUCGCUGGCGGCAGUCGAUGAUGGAUGACGUGAUAAGAUGCAGUAAUUUUUCACGCCUUUUGCUGACUGCAUCGCGACUCGGUGGCAACGCCCUCGCCGCUUCCAACCCCCAGUUGUGGCUACACGGUGACACGCCGUUUACACUCCUUCGCAACGGCGGUGCGGAACUGUUUGGUACUUCGCACUACACCGGUGAUGCGGUAAUAGUUGAUAUCAGCGAUUUGUUGGAGGCGGACUGUAAGGUCAUUGAUGCGGGCACACCCCUGCCUAUCACGCGACGCGUCCUGGAGGCGGCUGUGGUUCCUGAUGCCGCGACCUCGCCUGUCUGGCGGCUUCUACUUGUCACGAGCCGUCUCCGCAACCGGGGGGAAGGCACAUGGGCAAGAGGGUUUGCGUGCAUGGAGGUGGACGCGGUGCGGUGCCUUGCCGAGCUGUACCCCUCGCUGCUGCUGAUUGGCACAGAUGCCCUCAUCGUCGAUGAUCCCGCCACGCCGCCAGUUACGGAUUCAACGCGGGAUGCGUUAGAUGAGUGUGGCAUUGCGGUCCUUGAGGGUCUGCAUUUUGCGGGAAUUUACCCCCGCCUGAAGGCAUCGAGGUUCAUCAAAGGCUCAAUGAUGACUUUGUUUGAAGAGACACAGUCACUUGACGACGUCCGGGGGUGCCGGGUAGUGUUUUUCCCCAGCGCUGCAUAA